CAAAUAAGAAUAGAAACAAAAAAUGUCGCUUUCAACGCUUAGAGGUUCAGCAGCCAAGAAGGUAACGGUGCCGGCAGUGGCCAAAAAAUCGAGCAAGUACCGUUCGUUCUAUUUUCGGUACUUGGAGCUAUGCAGAGCUCAGAACAUAACAGCUGUGGCGGAAAUUAAGAAGAAUUCAAUUGAGAAGAACUCUCUGGAGUUCGACGCUGACAAGCUGAACGUCAGCGACUGGUUGCUGGUCAACGAGUCGCUCUACAAUGAUCUCUACCUGAAGAGCCUGGUGCUGCGCAUGCGGUGCACCUAUCAAAACAACACAAUCGAACCCAUCGACACGGAGAAACGUGCUCGAGUCUACACACAGCGCCCCGUGGUAUUCACGCGCUUCAUUUUCCGUGGCCUCGUGGCGUCUAUUGCCAAUUGUGUGACGAACAACACGAAUCUGACAGUAAUCCAGCUGGAGGGUCUGCCCCUCUAUGAAGGUUACAUUGACUGCAUUGCCAAGUCGCUGGCUGCCAAUGAUCGCUUGGAGACCUUGAGCUUCCGCAAGUCCUCCAUUGGGGACAGAGGCUGCGAACUGGUCUGCGAUAUGGCCAAGUACCUCAACCGCAUUGCAUUAUUCGAUCUAUCCGAGUGUCGCAUCACCGCAAAGGGAGCCCUUCAUGUGGCCAAUAUGAUCCGGAUGCAAAAGAUAGCCCGUUACACGGAGGGCUUGGAGCAGACUCCAGCUGCCACGCUGCUGCUCGCCAACAACCCCAAUAUUGGGAACGAAGGACUCAAAUUGAUUGCCGAGGCGCUCAAGGAGGAUGCCUGGCUAAAGGUCGUCGACAUGCAGGGCUGUGGCCUGACUGACAUUGGAGCCAAUUUCAUACUCGACUGCCUGAAGGUAAACACUUCCAUCACGGAGUUCAAUGUGGCCAACAACGAGGGCAUCAGCCAGCCACUGCAAAGCAGCCUUCGCGAACAACUUGGCGGCACCACCAAGCUCGAGCAGGAAGAGGAGCCGGAGUAUGUUGUCUGCGCAUUUGACGGUCUGCAGAGCCUGACCAAGGGCAAGAAGUACACUAUGGCCGAGCUGUGCGCGAUUGAGAAGAGCCUUGAGGAGCAGCUCGCCGUCGAACGGCAGCUACGCAAGAAGGCCGAGGAGAUGACAGCAAUGCUCAGCGCUCAAAUUCUGGCAAAAAACAAAAGCCCCGUGGACUCUGUGAAGGAAGAGCCGGCACGCAACUCAAGCCGCGUGGAUGACAAGCAACAGUACUUAAGCCAAAUCGAAGAGGAGUCCAUCGAGGCCAAGCCCGCCUCCAUUCCACACAUGUCCAACGAAUGUUUGGAAAUCAACGAAGAAGUCCAGCAGGAAUCACCGAAAUAUCUACAGACGCUGUUUACCGGACACAUCAAGAGCUCUGCCGCCACCCCGACAGCGACUCCGUGCAGCGAGCUGGAGCCAAUGAUGGUCAGCCACUUCGAGGAACAGCAGAAGGCCCUACAGGAAGACAACAAGUCGGAAUAUGAAUUCGCCAACGAGCGCCACGUGCCAUUCGAUCAGUUCAACGGCGACGCUCUCGUAGCCAAGGACAAUCGCAAGCAGCUGCGUGUUGCCAACGAAGGAGCUGGAGACGGCGUGUCCAACAUGAUUGAGCGCUUUGAGCAGAUAAUUGGGGAAGGUGUCACCACGCAGAGCCGUCGCAAUCCAGUGUGUGGCCCCAACGAUGGCGCUGGAGACGCCAAGCAGUGCAAACAGGUGCAGCAGCGUGGCCAAGGCCAGGCGUCACGCCGCGGAAAUAUUGAUUAA